AGACGCCUUCAGUCGAGUACGGACAUCCAUCGGGUACACAUCUCGUGGUGGUUGAAAACCAAACACUAUUUACUAGCAUUCACAUAUCUUUCUUUACCUAUAAGCAGGCAGUCAGGCAUUUUUCUCUGAAGCGAAUACGAUUGUUUUUGCAUGAGCAUACAGCCACACAAUAAAAGCUGAAACAGAUUGCAAACAUUUCGAGAGUACAUUUAGCCAGCGACUCACUACCUAACAGAUACCAAACACACUAACAACAGAAUACUAGCCGUGCUAACGUAUUAGAGGGAUAGAGAGGCAAAUACGUGUGCUUGCUUACUUGCUUGUUGGCUGCUUGCUUAAACCACACACUCGGUCGAAAAAGUAUUUUAAUACUUAAAUACACACCGCUAACGAAAAAUUAAACAGUGUGUCUGUGUUGCUCGUUGGGUACGGUUCUCAGUGCAAGGAAGUGUUUUAAAGCAAGAAAAGAAAUCAAAAGAUAUUUCAAAGAGAAAUAUUUUGAAAGAAAAAUUGUAAAUUUUUGUAAUAAAAUUACAAUUUAUUUAUAAAGUGAAAAAAUUGAAAAGUAUAUAACUAAAGUUAUAUAACUCACACAAAAAAAAAUAUUUUAUUACAAAUAAUAUAUUGAAAACACAACAGAAAUGUCUGCCGCCACAGAACAACAAAAUAACGGUGAUGUAGCUAUUGAGAAAGUUGCCGCCGAUGCAGUCAAAGAAGAUUUAAAAUCAAAGAAACCUGCAGACAGCAAACCAGCGGCGGCUGAUAAUGGAACAGCGUCGAAGGAUGAAGCUCAUGAUGAUGCCGCACCCGCUAAAGAACCAGUUAAAGGAACAAAACGGCCUGCAGAUGCUAAGAACUCAGAUUCGAAGAAAGCUAAAAAAGACAAACCAGUGGACGAAUCUGAUGAUGAGGACGGCAUCGACGAGGAGGAAGUCAUAGAUGAAGAGGAGGGCAAUGAAGGUGACAGUGAUAUCGGUAGUGAUGAAUACGAUAUCCAAUAUGAUGGUGAAGAAGAUGACAUAGAAUGCGAAGAUGAUGAUGAAAAUGACGAUGGUUCGGGUUCUGAUGAUCAAGCGUAAUGAUAAUGUAGUAGUCAAAACCACUUAAAUUAAAAUUAUUUCAAACAAAAGAA